AUCCCAGCACCCUGCCAGCCUGAUGGGCACGGUGGGAGGGGGACCAUACCCAGGACCUUGGGCAUUCUUUGCUCCCACCUCAUGUCAUAUCUUACCUUGUUUCUUCCCGAUUUUGGGGGGCAAGAAUGGAGGUUUUGGCACUUGAGGGAUGGACGCAGAGGGCACAGGGGACACAGCAGGGUCGGGGUGCUGGAUCUCCAUCACCUCCGUGUCCCCACGCAACCAGUGCUGGGGGCUGCAGAUGCCGUGGGGCCAGCGCCUGAGGUGGGUUCGGGCCCCUCCUGCCUCCCAUCACCCUUCACUCCCUCUCCCUGGGCCACGGUGGGCAGAAGCCCCGGGGGAAGCAGCGGCAGCGGUGCAGGCGCUGAGCGGCCGGCUGCUGGGGCUGGCGUCCGACCUGGGGCGGGACCCCGACCCCAGCGUCUACCUGGCCCUUCGCCUGGCUGCGGACCAUCACCUGGCCGGGGAGCAGCAGUACCUGGCGCGGCUGCAGGACACCUUCCAGAGCCGCUACAACCGGACCCUGGAGGAAGCUGGACCACCCCACGGCCACCUGCACCGGGAUGCCACGGCUUUCAAGAGCAGCAUGGGUGCGGAGGCGGAGGGGCCGCAGACGGGGCGGCUGGCGCUGUACCUGCUGGGGCUGCGUGCCACCUGCCCCCCACCGGAUCCCAGUUCCCAGCGCUCACUGGUGACGUGGCUGAAGCACCACCUGGAGGAGGACUGGGCAGGGUCCCGGCGGCACGGCCACCCCCUCACCAGUUACUACCAGUACGGCCUGGGCGUCCUGGCGCUGUGUGUCCACCACAAGCGGGUGCGGGAGGAGGUGAUCCGCCGGCUCCUGGAGGCUGAGCACCACCACAAGUUCAGGCACGCUGGUGGCAGCGCCGUGGACACGGAGGCCGUGGCAGUGCUGGCCUUCACCUGCCUGGAGAGGGGGCGGCUGGUGAGGUCCCGGCUGGCGGCGGAGCUGCGGGCGGCCAGGCGCAGGGUGAGGAGGAGGAUGGUGGAGGAGCAGCGCCCCGACGGCUUCUUCGGCAACGUCUACAGCACGCCGUGGGCCAUGCAGGUCUUCAUUGCCAGCAAGAUGUGCCAGAUGCAGGGAGUGUAUGGCCAGGCCAUGGCUGCGCUGCUGAAGAACCUCAAUGCCUUCACCACCGCUGCCACCAUGGCCCAGGUGCUGCCGGUGCUGCAUGGCCACUCUUACCUGGACAUCACCUCCAUGCGCUGCCAGGAGGAGCCAGACACACUGACACCCAUCAGUCCUGAGCCACUGCCCGAGGUGCUGGGGACCAUCAUGGUGCAGCUGGUGGUGGAAUGCCCCUUGCCAGGGUGUCCCCAGCACCGCCCCUAUGACCAGCUGGUGCCCGUGCCUGCCGGUGCCUCCCUCCUGGAUGUGCUCAGGGCAGCUGCUGCCCAGGAACCUCAGGACUUCACGUUUGACACCCAGGAGACCCCCCAGGGCCCCUUUCUGAUCAGCGUGCUGGGACUGGAAGCCCAGCAGCGGAAGCGGCGCUACUGGCAGCUCCUCACUGAGCCCAGCACCAGCCUGCAGAUGGGUGUUGCCGAGUACAGACCUCACGAUGGGGACACCAUCAUCCUUCGCCUGAGCGAGUGGUAGAGGGGGCCAGGGCCCAUGGCAAUGAAAUGCCCACCGUGGGCACCGGACCUGCCGGCUCCCUGCCUCCUGCUUUCGCCGCACCCCAAAUCCGGGAGGGGAGGAGGAGGAGACAGAGGGUUUCACACACAGAGGAUGUGCCCUGUGGGCACGGUGGAAGUACCCAGACCAGCAGCUCCUUCAGUCCCAGCACCUCUCAGAGACGGGAUGGGCAGCCAUGGGGAGUGGCCAGUUUUGGGGUCCCCAGAGCAGCUUGUCUGGAGGGAAUCCAAAUCCAAGCUUGUCCCCAAAAGCUGCCAGCUGGGGCCGUCCCCCUCUGUUAA